CAUGAAAUGGAAGAUUCAGUGACAAAAAGGAUUCUAAAUUCKUUUUAUGUGCUUUUKAGCGUCGUAGGACAAACUGGUCAAAAUGUUAUAUUACCUUUGUGGAUUGACUCAGGUCGGCCGAGAAAGACGACUAACGCAACGAUCUCGAACAACACAGAUGAAUUUCGACCUUUUAUGGACCAAACUUUUGUUUCGACGUUUACAACAAUCUGCAUAGCAAUUCUAUAUGGUACURCGUGGGCCAUCAGAGCUCUCUGCUUCACUAAAAGCAGUGAUCAAAGGUUUAAUUUUAAACUGAUACCUUUAAAAUUGUUAGCGUUGACUAGUUCGUGUGGUACAAUCACCGACAAUUUGAUUAUGUUUUCCGCAAGUGGAAAAAGAACAGCUCCUUAUCUUCAAGCAAUAUUAACGAACAUUACUAUUCCUGCAACAUUAGUGUUAAGAUAUUGCAUUCUGAAAAAGUCUCCAACCAGGAAAAGACUUAUAUGUGCCAUAGUAACAGUUCUGUCGUUAUUCCUGUGUCUUCUGCCGUCCAUUUUACCUGGAAUUGACCGAAAAUCCAGGAACAACAAAGUGCAAGGUGGUGCUAGGGGAAUUGCUGGAAUCAUAUGGCCUUUGAUCUUUCUUGCUGCCUUUGUUUUUCAGGCUCUCACAUAUAUUGUUUCGGAGAAAUUAUUCCAAUCUACAAGGCAGGACUUGGAUGUCAUUGGACUUUUAUUUUUAAAUCACUGUAUGCUGAUAAUCCUUAUGCCAAUAACAAUAUUAUUAGAUGCUCUUCCGUUCUUUGGAAACGUUGAUAGCUUGUCCAAAGUAAUUUUGAAUUUAUCCUUUGGUGUUCGUUGUUUCUUUGGUAAAGGAGGUUGUUCGUUUUACCCUGCAGUAUAUGCCAUUCUUUUUAUUUUAUUUUCUGGUGGUUUUGUACUCGGAUCGUCGUGUCUUCUUCGCUACUCUGAUGGAGCCACUUACAUGGUAUUAGUACUGGUAAUGCACUCUGUGCUAGUUUCCAAAUCUUUGUAG